UGGAUACUUAGACAUUAAAUAUCUUCCCACAACACUUCCUGCCACGGCAUUAUCUGAGAAUGUGUUUACGUCAGUUAUGUCCAUACAGAGGUGUUUUUUACAGUAAAGAGGAUGCACGAGUAUGGCUCCCAAGUUAAUAUUACUUAUUGAUGUUAUCACUUCUAUAUCUUUAUAUAUAAAAUAGACUAAAAUAUGCCAAAAACACUGUUAUAUUAGAAAAAUUAAUUUGAGACCCUGAGUUCCUGUAUGAAGAUGAAUUUGUAUAUAUUUGAAUAUGUAAAUAUGUUCAUGGUAGUGACAUGACAACCAUGCAGAAUCCAAUAUAGAGUAUGUUUACUACAGUAUCUUUUCAAACAAUUUCUUUUUUUUUUUUUUUUUAAAGUGGAAAUUCUAUCUUUCUGUUCAUCUGAGUACAAACUCACUCACCAACACAAACCUCAGUAUAUCUCAGUAUAUAGUAAAAACAUACUUUAUAUCGUGACUCAAUAUCUAUGAUUAAAUAUUUAUUUAAGAAGAGCAGCCCGUUUGUACCAGCGAGUGCUGCUUCUUACCCAUCAGCCCUUGGUUGAGCAGGAAAGAAGCAAAGCCAUAAAUAGGGGAAUAAAACGAGGCCAGAAAUAGAAAAGCCUGAGCGGAAAUAUGACUGCUUACACUGGGGCUUUACUCAUAUUCAUUACAAGAAAGCACUGAGCAUUUUCACUACUGAAAUGACUAUUGUACUUAAACGCCAACUUAUUUAAUUACAGUUAUUUUCACUUUACAGGCUUACAAAUUUGAUUUACAUGAAAUUUCUUGGUUAUAAAGAAAGAGAUAUUGAUGCCAGUUUUAAACUUUUUUAAAUCACCAUGUUACUCUCAGUUCAUCAUUACUGUGAUAGAAAUAUGAGGUUUUUAAAAGAAAAGUUCAUUAGAGGAAUUCAGCGACAGUCAGAUAAGGUGUCGUGAGAAAUGCAAAAAGGUUCAUUCUGACCAAAACAGAGCAUAAAGUUACACUGACUGAGUAAUUUCUGAAAAUAACAGUGGUUGCUUUGAUCAAAAUCAAAGCUGUGUGUGUGUUGCUUAACUGAGGGCAUAGUGUGUGUGAAAGCAAACACAGAUCAAACCUCAAAUGUGACUGAAAACAGAUCUGAUAACAUUUGUAAUACACUUUCCAGAGAUUGAUCAUCUAAAUAUCCUGUUUUUCAAAUUUCAUUUUGAUUGGUAAUGCUUGUACACUUCUAACACGUGCUGUUAAAUGUAGUCGUCACUUAACGGAACACUUUGGCAAAAAAUAAAAAAAUUAAAAAUAAAUGUAAAUACACACAAUGUCCCUUUUACACCAAAGGUAAUCGAUCAGCCAGGACAUUUUGUGUGGCUUCUUUAGUUUUGCACUGGAUUAAUGAGCUUAAUGUGGAGAACAUUUCUGAAAGUAUUUUCUUAGGAAAUUUAUAACCCUUAAGGGUUCUUUGGUUGUCCUUCUGGGGAAACCCUUAAACUAUAUAUGUGUAAACCGUUGCCUACGCUAGCCUCAGAUUCCGCUUCUUGGCUGACAGGAGUGGAACCUGAUGUGGGCUUCUGUGGUUGCAGCCCAUCCACCUCAAAGUUUGAUGUAUAGCACGUUCUGAGGUGCUUUUCUGCUCACCACGUUUGUAAAGAGUGGUUGAGUUACUACAGCCUUCCUGUCAGCUCGAACCAGUCUGGCCUUUCUCCUCUGACCUCAUAAACAAGUUUCCACAUGCAGAACUUUCACGCACUGGAUGUUUUAUGUUUUUCGCACCAUUCUGUACAAGCUCUAGAGACUGCUGUAUGUGAAAAUCCCAGUUUCUGAAAUACUCAAACCAGCCCAUCUGGAGCCGACAGCCAUGCCAGGUUCAAAGUGAGCAAUUCUGAGUGCAGGCCCGAGUGAAUUGCGAUCUUUUGCGUGAUGCUGUUCAGCCGAGAAUCUUGUCACCAUCCGGACCCCUCGUUCUCCCCAUCAGCCCAUGUGACCUAGUUUUGGCCCCUCAGGCCUGGGGGAGACCCCAUGAAUCCCAGCCUCCCCCCGAAAAAGCGCGAGUCCCGACAAGGCUCGUCGGAACAGCGCCCCCUGGAGGACGAGUUCAAAUACCCGGCGCCGCUUCGACCCCGGAGACACCACCUUUCCGAAGGGCGGGAGAACGAACCACGCGGCGAUAAAGAACUCCUUCCGCCUCCUCCACCUCCACCCCCACCCCCACUUCCACACCUUCCGUUCCCCCUAUCGUGGCAGCUGCCCUACCACUCAUCCCUUCACCACCCAUACCUUUCUGGCCAGGUGAAAGAAAGACGUAGCUCAGGUUCACCUUCCUGGAGAGAUGGAUCAAGUGGACGAAGGUCAGAAGGUGAAGCAGAACCACCAAUUCCUCACCACUCUCGCUGGCUACGAGGAGAAAUCAAUUCCCUUGGUUUGCAUCCGUCUAUGCCGAUGCCUAUGUACAAGGGCACUUAUGCAGUCGAUUCCAGGGACAUGUGGACCUAUUUCAGCCCUACACGGCGAGACUAUGCGUCCUCUCUCUUCCCUUCAUCAUCCUCCUCACACCUUUUCCCACAAGCAUCGCUCUACCACAAUGAUUUUCUCUCAGAAAGCAGGCUCAGGUACUCAAGCAGAAGACCCAAUGGUCUUGAUGGACAAGGCAUUAGAUCAGAAUCCAGUGGAAGGGCAGAAAGUGGGAAUGACACUCAACCCAGAGUUGGUGGUUCCCACUCCAACGGAAGGAAGAGGAAUCAAGAAGAUCUGGUAGGGCGUGAAACAAGGAGGGCGUCCCCAUCCCAGGCGGGUCCUAAUGCACAUUCCUUCCAUCACAAUACAGACAGGGACUCUCUGGCAAUCCUAAAACCUCCAACUCCCCACACUUACACCUCUGAAACACGAAAGACAAAGGCUCCUCAUGAACCUUCCGUUGGAAGUGCCUCCCAAUCAGGAGCUCAGAUCUACUAUGCCCUGGGGUCUCUGUACUCCUCGGCUCACCACAACCCUCAGGCAUAUCCCAGUUUUAAUCCCUCAGGUCCUCCUCCUUCCCCUCUGAGGAACUCCCAGCACUCCCCUCAUGGUCAGCACAACAAUCAUGGGGUCCAUCAGGAGCGAGAACUUUCACCAGGAUCCUAUCGACCCUCUGUUUCAGUCCUCAGUGGUCCUGACCCACCAACAAGUGCAGUCCUACCUCAUUUUACCAAGGGUUCCCUUAUUGAGUUGGCGGGCGGCCGUCUGAAAAGGGUGGAAGAGUUACAGACAGAGGAUUUCCUGCAGAGCGCUGACACCACACCUGAGUUCCACCUGAGUACCUGCACCAUCCUACUUAUCUCACCUGGACCCACUGAUGGCUUCAAUCAUCUGCAGGUUUUGCUUGCCGACCGCAACACUCAGGAAUUGCUCACGGUUUUGGAGGAGUAUCCAUUUUUUGUGCGGGACAGAGGCUGGUCUUCAUGCAGUCCUCAGAGGAGUGCCAAUCUCUACGGCCUCCACUGCCGCCAGCUCAGUCCAGGAGACGUCUGCCUGGCUUUGACCCCGACACCAACCUCAUUGCCCCGGACAACAACAACUUUGACACCAAUGCCCAACACCCUGACCGCGGUGGCCACCUUAGCCUCCUCGGUGACCUCAACGAGGACCUCAUUGACCCCAUCGUUGACCUCUUUACCCCCGCCAAUGACCUCAUCAAUCCUGACGUCCACCUCGCUGCAACAACACUCAUGCAGUCGCAGUUCUGCAGGAUCAGAGACCAGCACACACAGAUUUCACAGAACGGCUCCGCCCCUUGCCCCAUCGCUUCCGUCUGAUUCCCGGCGGGAGAUCCAGGAUAAGCCACGCUCCCGAAAGAGACGCUGGUCCGCCCCCGAGUUGCAUGAAGGAAAUAGGAGCUGCACAGAUUUACCUCAAGGAUGUAAACAAAUGAGACAGCAGUAAGUCCUCAUUAAGAGUCUGAGUUCACUACCAAGAAGUGCUUUUAUUUCAUCACAUAGCAACGAUUAAUACUUUAUUCCUCAGUUUGUCCUGAUUAUUAAAAAAUCAAUUGUUUAACAAGGAGAACAAUCUGGUUAUAUGAUGAAACAAGAAAUAACACAUGAAAGGGGGCAAUCUGACACCAGUGGUCAUUUAAUGUUUCAUUUCUCAAAAACUGCUGAUUUUAUGGCACUAACUGAAACACUUUUUCAUGUUUCGCUUGCUGUGUUUCCCAUUUUUAUGUGCUGAAUAGUUCCGUAGUAAGUUCUUAUCAAGAGAAAACCUAUCUUACAGUGAUUCAACAGCAUCAUUAAUAAUAUAAAUGUCCUCAAAUAUAUUGUCAUUACUUGACAAACGUAAUUUUCAUUUACUGAAAUUAUAUGCAUCUUUAAUCAGUGUCAGAUCCACUAAAUUAAUUUAUAUCACAGCAAUUUCUCUAUUCUGAUUUGUCAGAAGGUGUUGAUUAAUUUUCUGUUUCUAACAACAGUUCUGACAAUAGUAUAGCUACAAAUCACAGCUUAUGUUACAUAAUAAUGCACUCAUUUGUAUUUAGAAAAAUAAAAAAAUAUUGCCAUUUGGCAAAAUGUUGGCAAUUUGCUGUGGUUUAAGAGGAAUAAAGCACUUUGGGACAUGCUGUUAUUGGAAAAUAACAAACUUCAGGAUGGUAGCAGAGCUCCGUCACACCACCAUAUUGUUGAUUCAUUUCCUAUAACAAAAGGCCUCAUCGUGAUUUAUUCCUUACAUAGCAUGACUACAUUUUGAAGAAUACGUUUCUCAAAAGACCAAAAUCAGUACUAUUUAAAAGCUAAGUGAAAAGCUGCAUGCUUUAUGUAUUAAAAGAGUAAGCAAUCUCUUGUAAUAUUGGUGGCUAGUGAUGGCUUUGGAAAAAAAAGGGGAAAAUUACUUGAAUUAACUGGUGUAUUUAGAAAAUGGGUUUGGAAUUCCCUGAAAGUUUAGCACCAUAAUAAAGUGUGAAUACAAAGCCUAAUUCAAGAAAUAAUAAAACAAUAACAAUAAAAAUGUAAAAUUAUCAGGCUUAGAACUCGCACUGUACCAAAACCUGGCUUUUUUUGCCGUUAAAAAAAGCAAACUAAUUUGCGCAGACAGAAAAUUUUUUAAAUGUUUUCAUCUUAUAUAAAUGAAGGACAAUGAAUAAAAAUGGAUUGAGGUUAAUAAGUGAUGAAAUACAAACACAUCUUGGUAGCAAACUGAGACAUUUGCACAGAGGGUUCACGGAGCCAUGUGAGGACUUUAACCCAAACCGAUUAUUCGUGACCUCAUGGUUACUUUGGAAGAGCCAUAUGUGUUUUUGUGUUUAUUGGUUAAAACGGGUUUGGAAGGAAGGACAGAAGGAAAAAAAAACAACAACGCAAUGCUAGUGAUGCACAGUCAGACUUUAUGUCUUUUGAGACAAUCAAACUCGCCUGUUGUUGACGCCACGUCUGUUUUCGGUGUACUUUUUCUGCAGGGUAUCUCUUUUCAGUCAGUAUUAUAAAGGAAAUAAUAUUGAAUGGAAAAAAAUGACUAUAUAAUUAUAUGAAUAGUUAUAUAUUAUACAGGUGUUACAUAUGAAUAUGCUAAAAAAAAUAACAAGACAAAUAUGAUGACAAACAUUAAUGGUUACUUUUUUCGCAAUGCAGUUUUCUUUCACGCUUCUAAACUGAGCUUUGGCUCUCGAGGUGAAUGUAUACAGAUUUUAGCUUCGCAAUACGAGGUACAAAUGCAAAUUCACCUUGGCAUUACGUUCCAAUGUGUGGGUAAAAACGGAAAAGACACUAAAGGAGGAAAGAAAAAAGAAGCUUCCCGCCGAUAAAGGGACGUAUGUUGGUGUUUUUCCAUUCGAAAGGGGAUUAAAGGUGCUAAUAACAUGUUGGAAGGUGAUGCUUUGGGAGUGCACUUGACCUCGCAAUGUGCUUUCGAUUUUUUUUCCCUCCAUAUUUUUUCCACCCUCUUUAUUUUUCUGUACAAUAUGAAAGCAGGGGAAAAAAUGUAAAAAAAAAAAAAUAUGGAAAGUAUUUUAAACUCAGAUACGGGUAUUCAUUCUUGAUCAAGCACACUCUUUCCCUUUCUGUUAAUUUUGAUUUAUUUUAAAUUUUAUUUGAUUUUUUUUUUUUGUGGUGUUGUUAUUUUUCCAGAAAAAAAGAGGAUUGUUAUUUUUUUUUCCUUUAUAAAUGUAUAGCUAUAAAAUUGUAUAUUUUUAAAACUUGUGAGACUGUAAAACAAUGUUCGCUAGAAAUAAAAGAAUGCUUUAUAGAUUUA